AUGGCGCCUACACAACCACACAUUGCCGCCGCCCAGCUCCGCCAACUGAUCUAUUACCACCUCGACAACAACCUGCUCAGAAACGCCCUCUUCCUCGCUUCUCGUCUCGUUGCCUAUGAACCUCGCUCCCCCGAAGCUGCUUACUUGCUUGCAUACUGUCAAUUCCAAUCAGGCUUUUUAAAGGCUGCGUGGGAUGCUUCACGCGCCGCAGCUGUUAAAGGUAUCCACCUAGGAUGUGGCUACAUUUUUGCCCAGUGUUCUCUAGAGCUCGGUCGGAUCGUGGAAGGGCUCAAUGCGUUGGAGAAGUGCAAGCACCAUUGGCAAAACAGAAACACGUGGGGCCAACACAAUGAGUCAAGACGCCAACAUCUUCCUGAUGCCUCUGCCGUGCUAUGUCUCAAAGGGAAGCUCUGGAAGGCGCACAAAAACGUGGAUAUGGCUGUGGAGUGCUGGGCGGCGUCCCUGAAAUUGAACCCAUUCAUGUGGGAUGCAUUUACGGGAUUAUGUGAUGCUGGAGCGAAGAUCAGUGUACCCAACAUCUAUAAGCUGAACAAUGAGAUGGUAGCAGCGACGCAUUCAGCCCAGCAGCAGAGCGCAAGAGUUGAAAAUGCGCCGGCGGAGAGGGUACCGGGCACGAUUUCGCAAGCACCAUCAGAUCCAUUCGUUUCGACGACGCAAAAGUCAAGCACGCAGCAGCACCCGGCAAACUCAGUGUUAUGGGAAAAGCUUAAUGGUAGCAAGAUGAGCGUUAACACGGUCAGCACAAUUUUGGAUGAGGAGGGUCUUGCCACUCCGUCAACAGAGGCAGACGGGGACGAGGGUGUUGUUCAGGGGGCCCAAGCUAACAACCAUUAUCACGAAGCACCACCAGCACCCAUCAGAAAAGCUAAGACCUUGACCGAAACAUCCGCAGAUCCUCCCCCUAGGUGGAAAUCAGGAUCUACUAGGAUGAGGACUAAGGCAAAGGGUGCAUCGGAUGAUUCAACCACUGUCUUGCAAGAUCCUCCGCAGCCACUGCUAGCAGCACCUUCUAAGAGAACAGUUUCAGGUCAGCCUGCACCAACAUCGUCUCAUGCUGCUCCUUCAAGUAUCACCGAGGGAACGAGAAGAAGUAACCGGCUAUUGAACACAACGAGACCACCUAGCGCGACUAGUACAGCUGGGAGUAAGAUUUCGUCCCUGGCAAACACACUCGGCCUCCGAGAAGGACGAGAUAUCAAGAAAGCCAAAGCACCAGCUGCGAAGGGCAGAACUGCCAAUGCGUCAACGGUAGGGAGAGUUGUGAGCGGAAAUAGGACCAGGACCGGGUCGGCAGACCAAAUGGACGUGGACUCGAAAGAACAGAAAAACGCUCAUGGAAACGCACCUCCGGUACCACCUCUGCCAAACCACAAAACACGAGCACCAUCCACUGCGGACCGAGAAUUAGAAGCUCUCCAAACUCUUCUGGAUCUAUGUGGGAGGAUCGCUUCGGCGCAACUCUGCCUGGCUAACUAUGACUGCCAAACCGCCAUCCAGAUGUACAAUGCUCUUCCUUCGUCACAACGCGAGACACCUUUCAUCCUGAGUCAAAUCGCCAAGGCCUAUUACGAACAAGCGUCGUACGCCGAGGCUGAGAAAUUCUUCAUCCGCGUCCGUCAACUUGCGCCUACUCGGCUCGAAGACAUGGAAGUCUACUCGACAGUCCUCUGGCACUUGAAAUCAGAGAUUGAACUUGCCUACCUGGCACACGAGCUUAUCGAGAUUGAUCGGUCAUCGCCUCAAGCGUGGUGCGCCAUCGGGAAUUCCUUCUCUCUCCAGCGGGAACACGAACAAGCAUUGAAAUGCUUCAAGCGCUCCACUCAACUGGAUCCGCAGUUCGCGUACGGAUUCACGCUCCAAGGGCAUGAAUACAUUGCCAAUGAGGAAUUUGAAAAAGCCCUUGAAGCCUAUCGAGCCGCGAUCGCUGCAGAUGGGAGACAUUACAAUGCAUGGUACGGGCUAGGGAAAGUGUACGAGAAAAUGGGCAAGUGGAAUAUUGCAGAGCAGCAUUAUCGGACGGCAGCGAAGAUCAAUCCUACCAACGCAGUGUUGAUAUGUUGCAUUGGCCUGGUCCUGGAAAAACAGAAACAUCCAGAUGAUGCGCUACUCAUGUACAGUCGCGCAUGCAGCCUCGCGCCUCAAUCGGCCCUAAGUCGAUUCAAGAAAGCACGAUGUUUGAUGAGCUUAGGGCGUCCGCGGGAAGCCCUUGCCGAAUUGAUGAUAUUGAGGGAUGUGGUCCCGGACGAGGCAAAUGUGUGGUUUUUGAUGGGGCGCCUUUACAAGACCUUGAGAGACAAAGGAAAUGCUGUGCGGGCCUUCACCAUGGCGUUGAACUUGGAUCCAAAGGCUGCUCAAUACAUCAAAGACGCCAUGGAGAGUUUGGACGAUGACGAUGAGGAUUAUGACGAGGAUGAAGAUAUGGAAUGA